AUGGCUAUAGACAAGAGAAUUGGAUAUAAAAAAGAAAAUAAAGCUAUUGAUGUCCGUAAUACUGUAGCAAGUUUGGAAUUUUACAAUGAUAAUUCAAUUAAUACUCUAGAAUUACCUACUAAAGCUUCUAAUGGAUUGCAAGUUUACCAAAAAUCAAUUGAACAAGAUAAUAACACUGCCACUGAAGAGUACAUAAAUGGAAAGUUUGAUUACCCUAACUCAAAUGGAGAUAUUUCUGAAUAUACUAUGGGGAAUAUUGAUUCCCCAUUGGAAUACCAAAAAACUGGUGAAUCAUCAAAUAAUAGUAAAUCUAUUACUAAAAAUAUUGAAUUUUCAACUGGAACAUUCAGUAAUACUGAUGAAGAAUUAUUAAAAUAUUCGGGGAGAUAUAGAUUUGGAAUAACUAAGUGCCCUAAAAGGCUAUGGUUGGUGUAUGCUAGUCAAACGGGUAAAUCUGAAAUGAUAAGUUACGAGAUAAGAGAGGAACUCUGGAAAGUAGGAGUUUUAACCUAUCCAACAUCCAUAGAUAAAUUUGAGGAUAUUUUCUAUAGUUAUUUUGAGAAUAACUCAAGUGAUGAGCUAUUUCCACCAACAAUAUUUGUAGUUUCAACAACAGGCCAAGGUGAAGUUCCAAAUUCAAUGAGAUCUUUUUGGCAACGUCUAUUAUACAGUGAUAUAAGUCGGAAUAAAUUUAAAACUUUUCAAUUUGUAAUUUUUGGUCUUGGAGAUCGAUGCUUUGGUAAUAAAUUUAAUUUGACUGCUCGUAAACUUCAUCAUAGACUUAUUCAAAUGGGAGCAAGUGAAUUAAAUCCCUGGGGAUUAGGGGAUGAAUCACAUGACUUUGGAUUACUAGGUGAAUUUGAUCCAUGGUUAGAGAAUUUGGCCAAGUUUCUAUACCAAGAAAAGUGUAGACCGAAUAUAGACCUUCCAAUAAGAUACUUGUGUGAAAUUGUUGGAGAAUCAGAAUACUUAGAAACAGAGAAGUGCCUGAACGAACAAAAAACAUUCUUAAAUAAUUAUUACAAAAAUAUUUCGAAACUUGUUAUUUGUACUACCAUCAAGAAUAGCAAUUUUUGCAUUUCUAAUAGAAAAAAAGUAGUAAAAAAUAUAACUUUAAGUACAAUUGAUGAAGAGGAUAAUUUCACGUAUCUAACAGGAUCUCAUGCUGUUAUAUGGCCUACAAGUCCUCCCAAUACUGUUAAGCGACUAGUUGAGCUAUUAGGACAAAAUUUAACCUGUAAAACACUAAUUAUAAUUCGGGAAAAUCCGGAAUAUUUUCUGUGUCCAUGUAGAGAUCCAGAUUGUAAAAUAAUAUCUAAUAAAUAUAUGAAGUGCUUUUCUGACAGUUCAUUAUCAAAUUUGCCGUUGAACUGCAAAAUGAGUUUAUUUACUCUUUUCUCUCGUUAUUUAGAUAUUGUAGGAAUUCCUGGUAGACGGUUUUUAUGGCAAUGCUAUAAUUUUGCAAAAGAUAAAUUACACAAGGACCGAUUAUUUGAUAUGGUUCAAAGAACAUUGGACUCAAAAAAAGACUAUAGUGAUUAUAUUCGUGAUGAACAUAGAAAUUAUGUCGAAGUCUUAUGGGAUUUCAACUCUGUAGAGUUACCAUUAAAUAAUUUUGUUUCUUUGUUACAUCUCAUUAAUCCAAGAUAUUAUUCUAUUUGCAAUACACCUUUAUGGUAUAGAAAGGAUUUAUGGCAAUAUAUAAAUAUAUUAUAUCAUAUAGAAAAUGAUCCUCUCAUAAGUAGCUUGAUUACACUUAGAUCCUCAAAUAUCUCAGUAUUUAUUCCAAAAAAAAAGAUACUUUACAAAGAUCUGUCAUAUGUUGAGACACUUAAAGUAUUUUUUUUAAGUAAAGUUCUAAAUUCUAAGCAUACUACUAACACUAUUAUAUCAUCACCUAUAUCAAUUUAUUAUAAGAUAAUGAAUAAGCUUGCUCAAAUUUGCAUAAAUUACAAUACCUAUGGAAGAUUACUGGCAUCUCUAACAUUAAAACCACUAACUACUCAAUUUAUAGAUCUGUGUAUAGGUAUAAUCGAAUGGAAAACAGCUCAUAACAGAGAGAUUACUGGCUUAUGCUCUAGUUUUUUAAAUAAUUUAAUACCCCAUGAAACGAAAUUACUUGUUGGGAUUGAAAAUCAACUUCUUCCGAUAGUAUCACCUAUGUUUAUAGACUUAAAGAUUCCUUUAAUUUUAAUUGCUCCAGGAAUUGGUAUUUCCGGGAUUAUAUCAAUCAUCCAACAAAGAGUGUUAUUUAUAUUUAUAAACUUGCAAUUUAAUAAAUUAAAGGGUAAAGAUAUGGAAAUUGCACCUUGUAUUGUAUAUUUAGGAUUUAGAUAUAGUGAUGAAGAUUUCCCAUUUAUAAAUUAUAUCUUUGAAUGGUGCAGGAACCCAUACUUAAAUAGGUGGAUUGUAAUAAAUAUUGCAUAUUCCAGAUCAUCUCCUACUAUAGAGAAUUCCAUAUUUCACAAUUUACCUAAUAUAGGCUACAUAGAAUGUGGAUGUUAUCUUCAAUCUCUCAUAUUAAAGACAGAUGUUAAGCUAUUAUGUAAAUGCAUUAAUGAUGGUAUUGUGAUUGUUUGUGGGAACGCAGUAAUAAUGCCAAAUGAGAUUAGAAACACUCUUUCUGACUGUUUAGUCAGAAAUGGGGACUUCGACACAUUAGAUGAAGCAUUAGUUCAUUUAAGAAAAUUUAUUACAAAAGGAAGAUACAUUGAAGAAACAUGGAAUUAA